AUGAAGGCAGAGCACAACUCAGCUAGAGUGUUGGCUGUCCUCCAGGCCAAUCUGUAUGGCUAUGAAGAUAAAGGGAAGGACACUGAGGGUGUCGCUGCUCAUGGAAUCAAGGAGGCCCACCAGCAUGCCCUGGAACAGCGACGACAGCGCCGCCCCCCCCCCCCAACCGAGGGCGCGCCGGAACAGCUAUGGGGCUCGCUGCCGCUGUGUGACGAACGCUGCUGCUCGGGGUUCCCCCUUGCGGUGCCGGUGAGCAUGGUGUGCCCCAGCCUGUUCCCGGUGGGUGUAAGCGGUAGCGUGGUGAUGGUGCUGCUGAUCGGGCGCUACCGGGACUUGUGGACCACCACCAACCUGUACCUGGGCAGCAUGGCGGGUGGGGCUCCCUUCAACCUAUGCCGCCUGUGGCGCUCGGGGCCCCGAGGAUUCCGGCUGCGUCUCUGCCGCCUAUCUCUCUAUUUGGGCGAGGGCUGAACCUACGCCGCGUUGCUGCCCAAGACCGCACUCAGUGUGGAGCUCUACCUGGCAAGCGGCCGCCCACUGUCAGCGUGGGUCCUUGUCAUCCGACGUCCUCCGCGCGCUCAGUGCCUCCCUCCGGGUUGUGGCGCUGUUCUUAGCUUCUUUCUUGUGGGCGUCCAUCAAGAUGCCCUCCCCGGUCUCCCUGCGGACCUAGACCUAAACCACACUUUGCAAAUCAACCCCUUGUUCCGCGCUGCAGAACUGUUCAGCCACGAGUGCCCGAGCCCCACUCAGCUAGAGGCGCUGGGGGUCGUGCUGUGGGUCACUACCGCCUAUUCCCUGCCCUUCCUGUGCCUCAGUGUCCUCUGCGGGCUCAUCGACGCUAGCUGUGCAAGAGCCAGGGUCCUGGAUCAAGGGUGGAAGGAAAGGGGCCACCGGCAGACAGUCCUGGUCCUACCGGUGGUGGUGGUUCUGGCAGUCAUGGUUUGCUGGUUGCCUUUCCAAGUGACAAUCUUUUACAUGAACACUGAACAUCCCGGGAUGAUGCACUCCUCUCAGUACUUUAAUAUGGUCGCUCUUCAACUUCUCUAUCAGAGUGCAUCCACCAAGCCCAUCCUCCACAACCUCGUGUCCAAUUAGUACAGAGCAGCUGUCAGGAAACCGCUUCUGCUGAGCCAGUCCAGGCUGGGAGGAGGGAGGGAGGGAGGGUCUGUAGAGGCACUCGGAGGAAUCCUGAAGACACUGCUCCACCGAGAUGAUUCUCUAACCAGCAUGCGGAAUCAGUAUGGGAACUUCAGGCUGUAG